AUGUGGACGGGCGCAGGAUUGCUGGCACUAGUGGCCUGCGCGAGCGCAGUUACCCGGGACCAGUUCUACCCCUUUGGCCCUUCACUGGACCAAAGACUGCCUCCGGGGCAAUUGCCCUCGCCUGAAGUAAACUUAAAAGUACCGAUCGUCUUCUAUGGAGAAACAUACGAGUCAAUAUUUGUAAACAACUACGGAGUUCUCUCAUUUAGGGCAGACAUUCCAACAUUUUUAAACACCGAAUUUCCUCUACCCUAUCCCUCCAUAGCCGCUUUCUACACGAAUGUCGACACAACAGAAACUGGAGCGGUAUACUACAGAGAAACAGACGAACCUCAUGUAUUAGUCAAGGCCGAGGAGAGCGUACAAAACAACUUCCACGAAUAUUACGAUUUCAAACCGAAAAGCGUAUUCAUAGCUACGUGGUUAGAAGUGACAUAUGCCAGUGACAAGAGACACGACCGCAAGAACAGUUUUCAGAUCGCCGUCAUCAGCAACGGGACCGAGUCGUUUGUCGAACUCAUCUAUCCCGAACGGGAGAUACAAUGGAUACAAAGAGAAACUCAGCAAGUGAGCCUGCCCGAUGCAAAAGCCCAGGCUGGCUUUAUCGCCGAGGAUGGAAGACUACUCACCCUCAGAGGCUCAGGCAGCCAUCAAAUUAGAAAUAUUGUUUCAUGGUCCAACAUCCACGAGCCAGGAAAAUACGUAUUCCGUGUUGGAAACAUCCCGCCUGAUGGUAAUGUAGCUGUUCCUGAUCAAUAUGAUCAAAACGAGGUUGAAGAUGAAGAAGAAUCAAAAACAUGCGCCCAAAGUGGUCCCAGUGUUUGCCAUAUCCAAGCAAGGUGUGUCGAUUACCAAGCAGGAAUAUGCUGUCAAUGCAAUGAAGGAUUCUACGGCAAUGGAAAGUCGUGUAUAAAGGACGACGUGCCGCUAAGAGUCCAUGGAAAACUUAAUGGCGUUAUUAACGACAUUAAUUUGAACGAUGUUGAUGUACAAGCGUACGUUGUUGUGGCAGACGGUAGAUCCUACACGGCAUUAUCACAAGCACCAGCCUCUCUUGGUAGUAGCCUACUACAACUUAGUGUUAUAGGUGGUGUUAUUGGCUGGCUAUUCGCCAAACCAUCUAGUUCAGCGAAAAACGGUUAUCAGUUAACUGGAGCUCUAUUCAAUCAUACAGCAGACAUUUAUUUCCCAGCAACUGGAGACAGAGUUUCGAUAUACCAAGAAUAUUUAGGGCAUGAUGUGUUUGAUCAGAUAACACUUGAGGCAGACGUUAGAGGAACGAUACCUGUAAUACCUGCCGGAACUAAACUUGAUAUCACCGAAUACGAGGAACAUUAUACUCUCGUUGAAUUAGGCGUUUUGCGCAGUGACUCUAUUCGCACUUUUACAAACAAGGCCACUGAUGAAAAAUAUGAGCAGAGAGUAUCACAAACUUUUACUUUCAAUUCUUGCCGAUACAUGCCACCAUCAGAGGAUGACGCAACUUCUUUGACUUUAAAAGUAGCUAAGAACUACUUAGGAUAUGAGCCAAGGGAUAACCUAGUAAGAUACGGAACUAGUAACAAGAUUGUACCUUUGGGUAAAGAAGAUCCUUGUGUUGAAGGCAGAAAUAGAUGUGGUCCUCACAGUACUUGCGUAGUACAAGGUGAUACCUUUGCUUGUGUAUGCCAGUCCGGUUUCUCAAGCCGAUAUCAAGAUGAUUUUAGAGUUGAAUGUCAAGAUAUUGACGAAUGUUCAAUUGGAACGCACAACUGUGACACAAAUGCUGACUGCUAUAAUCAUGACGGUGGAUUCCAGUGUAGAUGUCGUCAAGGGUAUGAAGGUAAUGGUGUAUUCUGUAAUCGUAUAUCUCAAUGCAGGGAUAAAAAUUGCGACUCUAAUGCUCAGUGUGUAGAUAAUCCUGGGGAAGGAGCCAUUUGUUUAUGUAACCCUGGAUAUACUGGAGAUGGACAGAGAUGUUGGCAAACAUACGAAAAUAAAUGUGAUCGCUGUUCUCCCUAUGCCAGCUGUGGAUUUUCAACAGAUACCAACAAUUACAGAUGUCAAUGUAACGAAGGUUACAGCGGAGAUGGGUAUUACUGUACAGAAAACAUACCUGAAGUUCCUACAACACCUGAAUAUUCAAGCAGACCAGAUUAUCCUACUCCGCCUACUACCCCAAACGCCCAAAAUUAUCCUAGUUAUCCAAGUCAGUCACCAAGCCCUGAUCCCACAUAUACAUCUAACACUCCAAAGUAUUCCACGGCAUUCAAUUAUUCCAGCUACCCUCCCAAUUAUCCCUCGGUACCAAGUUAUCCCAGCGCACCAAAUUAUCCAAGCUAUCCUAAUGUUUUUUUCACUCCUUCCAAUUCUAAUACGCCAACCAAACCCAAUCUUCCGGAAGAAUCUGAAGUGACUGAUGCACCUACAACCAAAACAACCACACCUUCAAUUAAUGAAGCAGAGUAUAAUGAAACGUUUGUUUUGCCAAACUGCGAUGCCUACGAAUGUACGUGCCCUCCAGGAUACUCAAGCUUUAGGGAUGAAAGAAAUAACAACUUAUGCCGCCUUGAUAGCUAUAAUCCACCAAAAACUAGUACUGAUAGUGACACAGGAAUCAGAUGUGAAACGGAUUCUGAUUGUCCUCCUAAUGCCAUCUGUUCAUAUCCACCAACGGAGCCUUUUGGUCAUAAUGUGCAGUAUUAUGGUCACUGCGUGUGUCCUGAAGGUUACGAAGGGGACGCUUAUGAAUGCAUAGAAAGAACUGGACCUAGUUGUUCGUGUGGUCUCAACGCGCACUGCAUCGACACAGCAACUGGAGAACUUAUUUGUGUUUGUGCCGCUGGCUACCACGGCGAUGGGUAUCUGUGCCGACCAAAUUUCAGCUGUACAAACGAUUCAGAUUGUGAAUACCACGCGGAAUGUCGACCAGAUCCAGGCAGUGGCGUAUACGCAUGUCAGUGCAUUGAAGGUUAUGUUAAAGAUCAAAAUGACGCUUGCAUUCCUGAUGGCCAACUGUGUAAUGGCGCUGUGUGUGCCGAGCACGCCUCUUGCCUUUACGACGACGCAAUUGGUGUGAGCUAUUGCCACUGCGACCAAGGGUACGAAGGUGAAGGUAUAAACCAGUGCGUCCCACAAGGAAACACUUGUGAUGUUGCCCAUGACUGCAGCCUCGAUGCAGUCUGCACGCCUGUAGACCAAUCAUACCAAUGCGUGUGCAGAGACGGUUUCGUAGGUGACGGCUACAUAUGCACUCCGGAGCAAAGCUGCAGAACGAAUCCCUACAUGUGUGACGUUCAUGCCUCUUGUAUUAAGGCAAGUGAGGGUUAUGAAUGCGAAUGUAAUACAGGGUACAAUGGAAAUGGAAGCUUAUGUGAAUUGAAUCCACGACAGGCUGGAAACUUCUUGGUGGCCAGCGACGGUGCGUCAGUUUUUCGUGUACCAUUCCGAACCUCGCCGAGAGAUUUUGCAACACCACUGCAUAGCGCAGUUUAUCAGAUGGCUGUCGGAAUAGACGUAGAUUGUCUCACAGGUAGAAUUUACUGGGGCGAUGUUGCAGGACACUCUAUCAGGAGAGCUACAUAUGAUGGGUCAGGCUUUGAACAGUUCUUGACUGAUGAUGUUAAAACGCCUGAGGGUCUCUCAAUUGAUUGGGCAGCAAGGAAUAUUUUCUGGACUGACUCGAAAAAGCUGACAAUCGAAGUAGCAAACCUCGACAGGAAAACGAGGAAAGUACUGUUUUCCGCCGAUGGUAUUGUUAAUCCGAGGGGAAUUGCUGUACAUCCCCAAAGAGGUAAAAUCUUUUGGUCGGACUGGAACCGUGCCGCGCCUAAAAUCGAAUGGGCUAACAUGGACGGCUCGCAAAGGGGAGUGUUCCUAGACCAGACCGAUGUUAAGCUGCCCAAUUCUUUAGCGAUCGAUUGGGCAAGAGACAGGUUGUGUUACGCUGACGCCGGCAUAUAUAGCAUUAAGUGUGUCAGUAUUGACACGUUAGAAAGGGAGACCAUAGCUGCGAAUUGCUCACAUCCAUUUGGAAUUGCUAUCAACGGAAAUACAUUUUAUUGGACUGAUUGGCGGACAUUAAACAUUGAAUAUAUUGAUACAAUAACUCAAACAAAAGGCCGUUUACCCAUAGCGGCCGCGACUAGAAGAUUGUACGGUGUGACUGUUGCACCAGAGCAGUGUCCUACGCACACAAACGUUUGCCAGUACAGGAAUGGCAACUGUGGUCUUAACCAACUCUGUCUGCCGGAUGGCAGGGGCGGUCGAACUUGCGUAGAUGGUGACAAUACAAAUAACUACUAA